UUAGCACCUUUCCCUGCUUCUCACCAUUUGGGGAUCAAUGUGGCAUGUCACUUAGGGGAGUUGCUGGCAUUUUGUACAGUUACUCUCAUAAAUUGGGUCCAUGAAGUUGUUGAAUGCAUAACUGUGGGCUUCUUGAUUGCUGUAAACCCCUGGUUGCAUCUGUGAUAGUAAAAGUUAAUCCACAGGUGCAACUAAUUGAGCCUGCUAUGAAGGGUACUCUUAAUGUACUCAAGGCAUGUUCUGAAGCAAAUGUCAAACGAGUGGUGGUUGUAUCUUCUGGAGCUGCUGUUUCCUUGAACCCUGAAUGGCCCAAGGGUCAAGUGAAGGAUGAGACUUGUUGGUCUGAUGCGGAAUACUGCAAAAGAACUAAUAAUUGGUAUUGUCUUUCCAAAACAAAAGCAGAAAGUGAGGCUUUUGAGUAUGCGAAAAGAAGUGGGCUUGAUGUUGUAAGAGUGUGUCCAACCCAUGUUUUGGGACCAAUGCUCCAGUCCACAGUAAAUGCUAGUAGUUUGGUUCUCAUUAAGCUUUCAAAAGGUACCUAAUUGAAUAAAACCUAU